UGACGGGCCACAGCAUACAAGGUAUCGAGGUCCACACAAGUAUAUGAUGUAGAAAGAGCCACAGCAACUUCUAAUUGUUCUUCUUCAUAUAAGAUUCAAGGUUAUCUACAACGAGUUCACCAAAACGCCAUAAUUCCCUUUGAUACGAUGGUCCUCUCCGCACCUGACCUCGAGAAUGAAAUCUCGAACUCAGUCGAUAAGCUGCAGAAGUUGUACCCGGGCGAACUUGAUGCAAAGAAACACCUAUACUUGCCCCAUGGAAAGUAUGCAUUCGCCGCUAAACACACAUUCCAUGGGAAGAACAAAAAGCAAAUAGGCCAUCUCUCAGGAUGUGGAUACCGUAUAAACGUCCGAAGUGGCGUUAUUGCCGGGCACAAUGUUACCUGUCUCUGGAAAACCUGGGAUGUUUCCAAAUCAUGGAGAGAGUUCUUUCAAGAGGUAUUCUGUCCUAUGCCUAUAUGUUUGCAUUAUCCUGACACCGCUUCGAAGUUAUACUUCUACUCCCACCCCGAGCUUUUGAGAUGGCUUCAAGGAAUCGUCGUUUCGCACGUAAUUGGUGUACAGGAUGGAUCUAAUGGACAGAAGAGUAUUUUCAUGGAAACACCUCAUCACAUACUCUGGCAUACAGCACAUCUAGGCUUGUCCAUUGGCGAGAAACAGGCGGUUAUUCGAGCUUACGAAACCUUGCAUGCACACGGUAUCCUGCACAAUAACAUCAGCGCCCAUAACAUAUGCAUAGAUCAAGAUAUGAACGUUACGCUGCUAAACUUUGAAAAGGCCUGCUGCUUGAAAGACAAGGGGAUAGACGAAGUCCCCGAGUGUGAUCAGGAGGCGCUGGCGCGGGAAAUGCGACAAGUUAAAUACUUGAUUUCCUACAUGGACGCGAGGCUUAUUGAAACCGGAAUCAUCACCACUCCACAAGCCCCUACCGGUGAACAGCAUACCCAGGCGCUCCACCCCGACGAUUUUGUUCGCUGGCUUAAACAUGUUGAAAACACCCAUACCAUACCGAUCGAGAUGCGCAAUCGGCCAAUUCCAAAUGACGGACGUAGAAAACCCAAGAAAAAGGUCAAGGUUGGAGCAAUCAGUCGGUGGGAAUCAGGGGGGCCUGUGCAGGACGCUGGUAAUUCUGGAAUAUAUAGUGAACCGAUCGUGCCUCACAUUCUUCUGCCAACUGUCCAAUCGUCAUCCUCCGCAAUCAUUGCUACGCCUUCGCCACCAUCAAACCAUCCUGCAGCUACACAUGAUUUCUUCUCCGUAGAUCGUCUCCCUACUGCCGAAUCCUCGUGCUGCACUGCCUUCUGCUUGCCAUGAAGAGGAUACUUAUCAUACACAGGACAAGGAUACUAGUGUGCAGCUUCCGCCGCUCCAAUCUGAUCUUGAAGGCUCUCAAACUGUAUCAAGAGGCUUGCAUGAUAUCCCCGUUCACUCGUCACCGGUCUCUCCCUUCACUGCCUCUUUACUGCUCCCAGGGACACCCAUUUCGGACACCUCAGGGCGAAUUCCACAAACACCCUCAUCUUGCCCACCGUUGCCUGCCCAUCCAAUAAAUCCCACCUCCGUUCUAUAUCCCGACCAGCCACCUUCACCUAAGGUGUUCUGUGACCUUACACACGAGCAACUCCGCCUCGCAAUAAAGC